AUGUCUUCACCUUCCGAAUACUAUAAGUCUCUUCCACCUAUAACAAAGGCUUAUGGAACCACAUGCUUUCUGGUCACCGUUGCAUAUCAUCUUCGGCUGCUAAGUCCUUAUUAUAUAGCACAUAUACCUGCGCUAUCAAUCUGGCAUCUCCAGGUAUGGAGACUAGUCACCAACUUCUUCUUUAUUGGCCCUUUCUCCGUCAUUUUUGCUUUCCGGCUCUUAAUGAUAGCAAGAUAUGGAGUUCAAUUGGAGAAUGGACCUUUUGCAAGACGCACCUCUGAUUUCAUAUGGAUGAUGCUGUUUGGAGGCCUCUCGUUAUUGGUUUUGUCCUUCAUACCCUUCCUCUGGUCUGCCUUCUUAGGAGGAUCGCUCGUUUUCAUGCUUGUGUAUGUUUGGAGUAGGGAAUUCCCAAAUGCCACUGUCAGCUUUUAUGGCCUGGUUUCUUUCAGGGCCUUUUAUCUGCCAUGGACAAUGCUCUUCUUGGAUGUCAUAUUUGGUGAAUCCAUUGUGCCCGAUCUUUUGGGUAUUGUUGUUGGGCAUCUGUAUUACUUUCUUACGGUGUUGCAUCCGCUUGCUGGUGGGAAAAAUAUACUCAGGACGCCCAAGUUUAUUAAUAAACUAGUUGCAAGGUGGAAAAUAGGUGCACCGGAGUACAAUGCCCCCCCUCAGCCGGAGAGGACAAGUGGCGCAUUCAGAGGAAGAUCAUAUCGUCUCGGAGGGUGA